AUGUCAACAACACCGCCUGGCGCGACGAGCUCGUCGCAGCCACCCAAGAUCCCUCUCCCCUUCGAAGCGAACCAACCACAGACCAUCCGACUAUACCCUCUGUCCAAUUACACAUUCGGCGUCAAGGACUCCCAGCCCGAGGAGGAUCCCAGUGUGGUCGCCCGGCUCAGACGGCUCGAGGAGCAUUACAAUGAGCAUGGCAUGCGGCGAACCUGCGAGGGCAUCCUCGUCUGCCACGAGCACAACCACCCGCACAUCCUCAUGCUACAGAUCGCGAAUGCAUUCUUCAAGCUUCCCGGAGACUAUCUCGCCCCAGAAGACGACGAGAUCGAGGGCUUCAAGAAGAAGCUAGAUGCGCGCCUGGCGCCCACGGGCGGCCUGGCAGAAGGGGAGACGCCGGGCCAGUGGCAAAUCGGCGACACCCUUGCCCAGUGGUGGCGCCCGAACUUCGAGACCUUCAUGUACCCUUUCGUCCCGGCCCAUGUGUCCAGGCCGAAGGAGUGCAAGAAGCUUUACUUUAUUCAACUUCCACAGCAGAAGGUGCUUAGUGUGCCCAAGAAUAUGAAGCUUCUGGCCGUCCCCCUGUUCGAGCUCUACGACAACACUGCCCGCUACGGCCCUCAGCUCUCCGCCAUACCCCACCUGCUCAGCCGCUACAACUUCGAGUUUGUCGACGAGAACAACAAUGUCGUUGCCCAGACCCCCGGCGGUCAGGCGCCAGACGGGUAUCAGCCCCAGUCCAAAGUCUUGGCUGGUGGCGACGACGUGAACAUGAAGCUAGAAGAUGUGCCCGAGUAG